AAUGCUAAUUAAAAAUCGCAUAUAUAACCUCUAAGUUUUUCUUUAAAAAAUAAUUUAUAAUUUUAGUAUAAAUAAUAAAUCUAGUCAUUAAGAAAGUAUCAUUAAACUUGAGGAACUCUCAGCUAAAGCAACGGAUUCUAAGAAUAAAGUUAUUUAUACGAAAAAUUUUGUGUUAAAUAAAAACUUUAAUAUGUUUUCCACUAAAUAUCUUAUAUCGGGUCUUCUUAUGGUUUUGGUCAUCAGCGAUUUUACACGAGCUGAUUUUCGUUUAUGUGGACAAUCGUUAACACAAUUUUUGGAAAUGAUUUGUAUAGAUGGUUUUAAUCCGAAAAAUCUUUCGAAAAAAUCAGUCCCUCUAGCUGAUUACAAUGAUAAUAGUCUUGAAAAUGAUGCUCUUUCAUCUCAUCCAUUUUCUUCAUUAUUUAUGGAUAAAUUAUAUCAUGGUAAUUUAAUGGCAAAAACUCGUCGCCGUCGUCAUGACGGUGUAGCUGAGGAAUGCUGUCGCAAAUCUUGCACUAUGUCUGAAUUAACAACAUAUUGUCUAUAAUUGCAGAAUAACUAAAAAUAUUUAUAUAACAAUUUUUAAAUAUAUAAUUGCUUUUAAACUAACAUCAAUAUUAAUAUAUAACCAUAACUAUAAAUUUUGAAAUU